CCGAGUUCUUUAUUGAGCCACUGUAUAUAUAUAUAUACAUAUGUGUGUGUAUGUAUUACCUUACGAACAUAGAUACACAUGUAACAGUGUAUAAGCUUAGGCUCAAAUUUGCAGCCGCGAAAUCCCCUUCUAAAUUUAACAAGGGCUGGGACAAACAGCUUUAAAAAAUAUAUAACUGUGUUAUUAAGGCUCUAAUUUAUUUUCCUGCAAAUAAACUAAAAAAAAUAAUUGAUUGUCCAAUAACAUGACAUCAAUAUCGAAUACAAUAUUGUGGCUAUGUUUACUUGGCCUAGCUUUCAGAUUGCGCUGUGCUUUUGCUUACGAUCCAAACGAUACGAAAAUUGCCUCAGUUAUUCCACCCGAAGGUUAUUUUGAGGCAUUUUAUCCAAGGGAAAUGGAUGGUGUACCCAACAGCGCUUCCCGUCCCGCUCAUGCCCACGGCAGUUUCUUCAAGCAUCGCAACCCAGCUUUGGUGGACACAAAGAAUGCAGCAGCUUAUGGAUAUCGUUUCGACGGGAAACGACGUUUUAACUUAAAAUAAAUCAUAACAUCAUCUACAUCUUCGCCUCGGACGAUUUCUUAUCAAAUUUUGUUAGUUUAAAUAAAAAUACACGCUACAUUUGUGUGUGAUUCGCUUUGUAUAUACAGUGACGGGCACAAAAAAGUUACAAAAAA